AUGAAAUUGGACGUGACCAAGCAAUUCGCCGUGCGCUCGGAGCGCGUCAAGGGCAUCGACUGCCACCCCUCCGAGCCCUGGAUCUUGACCACCCUCUACAGCGGCAAAGUGGAGAUCUGGUCGUACGCCACAAACACGCUCGUCAAGUCGUUCCAGGUCACGGAGCUGCCCGUGCGUGCCGGGUGCUUCGUGGCCCGCAAGUCGUGGAUCGUGGUGGGCCUGGACGACUUCCAGGUGCGCGUGUACAACUACAACACCGGCGAAAAGGUGGCCCACUUCGAGGCACACCCCGACUACAUCCGCAGCAUCGCCGUGCACGCGCUGAUGCCCUACGUGUUGACGGCGUCCGACGACCUGACCAUCAAGAUGUGGAACUGGGAAAACAACUGGCGCCUCGAGCGCACGUUCGAGGGCCACCAGCACUUCGUCAUGAGCGUGUGCUUCAACCCCAAGGACCCCAACACGUUCGCGUCCGCGUGCCUCGACCGCACCGUCAAGGUGUGGCUGUUGACGCUGGCCGUGCCCAACUACACGUUGGUGGCGCACGACGCCAAGGGCGUCAACUACGUGGGCUACUACCCGCAGGCCGACAAGCCGUACCUCAUCACGUGCUCCGACGACCGCUCCAUCAAGGUGUGGGACUACCAGACCAAGCUGUGCGUGGCCACGCUCGAGGGCCACGCGGCCAACGUGUCCUUCGCCAUCUUCCACCCGGACUUGCCGCUCAUCGUGUCCGGCGCGGAGGACGGCACCGUGCGCUUCUGGAGCGCCACCACCUUCAAGUUGGUGCGCACCGUCAACUACGGCCUCGAGCGCGUGUGGUGCGUCAGCGUGUUGCCGCGCUCCAACGUGGUGGCCGUGGGCUGCGACUCCGGCCACGUGGCCAUCCGCGUCGGCAGCGAGGAGCCCUUGUUCUCCAUGGACGCCAACGCCAAGUUGGUCUACGCCAAGAACUCCGACGUGUUCCUGGCCGUGGUGCGGCCCUCCGCGGGCGGCGCCGUGCGCGACGGCGACCCCGUGCCGGUGCUGCUGAAGGACCUCGGCUCCGUCGAGGUCUACCCGCAGUCCUUGGCCCACUCGCCCAACGGCAAGUACGCGGCCGUGUGCGGCGACGGCGAGUACCUCGUCUACACGGCCUUGGCCUGGCGCUCCAAGGCCUUCGGCAAGGCCUUGGACUUUGCCUGGCACACGCACGACUUCUCCACCGCCACCACCUUCGCCGUGCGCGAGUCCAAGUUGGCCGUCUCCGUGCACAAGAACUUCCGCGAGCACGUGGCCGUGGACCUCUUGUACGAGGCCGAGAAGUUGUUCCCGGGCGCCUUGCUCGGCGUCAAGUCCGCGGGCCUCUUGUGCUUUUACGACUGGGAAACGGGCUCGCUCGUGCGCCGCGUCGACAUUGACGACGACAUCGACGACGUCGUGUGGUCCGACAGCGGCGAGCUCGUGGCCGUGUUGACCCUGAGCGCCUCCGCCGAAACCAGCGACGGCACCACCGCCGCGGGCGGGAAGUCCCACGAGGCCUACUUCUUGAGCUACGACGCCGCGCUCUACCACGAAGCCGCCGCCAACUGCACCAUCAGCAUCUCUGAGGGCGCCGACGCCGCGUUCGACGUCUUGUUCACCUUGCCCACCUCCGAGCUGAUCCUGUCCGGGAAAUUUAUUGGAGACGUCUUCGUUUACACCACCGGCUCGACAAACAGACUCAAUUACUUCGUGGGGGGAGAGGUCAUCAACUUGAGCCACUUCGACCACAAGUACUACAUCGUCGGUUACCGCGCCGCCGAGGGCAGGGUCUAUCUUAUCGACAAGGCCUUCAACAUCAUCUCCUGGUACGUCAACGCGGCCGUCUUGGAGUUGCAGACCUUGGUCAUGCGCGGUGACUUGGAACAGUUCGCCGCGACGAACGUCGUGGACGAAGAGUCCGGCGAGGAGAUUCCAGACGUGGCCAUGAUCUCCCAAGACAUGUUGUCCGAGGAGUACUCCGCGUUCUUGGUCGGCUUGUCCAAGACCGAGUUGAACCAGUUGGCCAGGUUCUUCGAAAAGUUGGGCUACUUGACGUUGUCCUUCUCCUUGUCCCAGGACUUGGACUCCAAGUUCCAGAUUGCUUUGACCACCGGCGACUUGCAGCAGGCUUACGCGUUGUUGUCCGAAAACCAAGAAGACAGCCCGUCUGCGGCGCAGGCACAGGUCCAGAAAUGGAAAAAGUUGGGCGACUUGGCCAUGGCCAAGUGGCAGAUAAAAAUGGCCGAGGACUGUUACUGGUUGGCCAACGACCACUCUUCGUUGUUGUUGCUUCUCUCGUCUUCAAACCACAAAAGCCUGUUGAAACGGCUUGCGGACAGCGCAGCGCAGGAGGGCAAGUACAACAUUGCCUUCCAGGCAUUGUGGUUGUGCGGUGACAAGACCAGCUGUGUGGAUUUGUUGAUCAAAACUGAAAGGUACGUGGAAGCCUUGUUCUUGGGACGCACCUACGGCAUCGCCGCCGAGAAGCUUGAAAACAUCGCGGAGUCCUGGAAGCUGCAGUUGGCCGCCAAGGGCAAGAAGAACAUCGGCGAUCGGUUGAUCUUUGACUUUGCCAAGGUGGGGAUCAGCAACGGUAGCAACGGGGAUGCGUUGAUCGACCUCGAAGAUACCCAAAAGACAAGUGAGGAGCCAGAGGAGCCUCUGCUAUUAGACUGA